AUGUUGCAAAAUUCGUCAAAUCUGACGUAAGAAUUAUCAUUCUGCGGAUAAUGCUUCCGCGUGUUUUCAAUUUCAACCAUCUUCCCUAAUGCUCAUUUUUCAUCUCGAAUUUGAUCAAUCAUGGCUGCCAUUGAAGCAAUCUUCUCCAUUUUCUCUUCCUGCCCUUCUUCAGCUUCAACUUCCGAUAGAUACCCUUUACAAAUUAGACCUUCAAGCUCCCUAAAAUUGCCCACUUCCACUCCCACAUUUUCUUUUCCCGUCGAAUGCUCUCUGUGUUUACUUUCUCCCGUUCUUAGCAAAAAAACAAGCUUUAGGAUUCGCUCGGCAGUUGAGGAAGCUGUAGUACCAGAAGAAAAGACAGAGCCAAUCGAUGAUAAAAAACGGAAGCUUUUUGUACUCAACUUGCCAUGGUCUUUAACUGUUGAGGAUAUCAAAACCCUCUUUGGUGAAUGUGGCUCUGUCUCCGACGUUGAGAUUAUAAAGAAGCAAGAUGGAAAGAACCGGGGCUUUGCUUUUGUUACAAUGGGUUCUGGAGAGGAGGCUCGGGCCGUUAUUGAGAAAUUCGACUCUUUUGAAGUAUCUGGUAGGAUUAUCCGAGUGGAAUUCGCUAAAAGAUUCAGAAAACCCACUCGUUCAACUCCUCAAGGUACUGCCCAAGCUCCCUCCGGCCAACAGACACCUCAUGUGCUCUAUGCUUCAAAUCUUGCCUGGAAGGUGAGGUCUAGCCAUCUCCGAGAAUUCUUUUCUGCCAACAAUCCAGUUUCGGCAAGGGUGGUGUUUGAUAGUCUUUCAGGAAAAUCAGCUGGUUAUGGCUUUGUCUCGUUUGCCUCAAAAGAGGAAGCAGAGGCUGCCCUUGCUUCUUUGGCGGGCAAGGUAAUCACAAGAGUGUUGAAUUUAUGAUUAUUUUUGUUUCUUGAAUUUUACGUCCAGAAUACAUUGGAAUAUCUGAAGAUUAAAACUAGAAUGUCUUAACAAAUUAGUAUGCUACUCACUUUACUGAGACUAUUCAUUUCGGGUGGCAUUGCAAGUUUUCUCUAUUCUGUCAGUUAUAACAGCGGAGAUAAUGAAAUUAAAAGGACAAAUACAUAGUAUUCAAUGUUGUACGACCCACUCUGAGUUGGAGAAAUGUAAUGGCAUUGACAUUUGGGUUAAUUAACUUGAUAGCAUUAGUCUUGGACAAGGAGAAAAAAGAGUAGCUGUAAACUGUACAUCGUGAAAAUCUGUUAUUCUUUUAAAUGUCAUAGAGCUGUUAAUACAUGAUGUUAUAGAUAAUGGUUAUCAUGCUACUUUUGGCAUACGUGCCUGUGUCUACGUGUGUGUGUGGAGAACUUUCUGUGUACCAUUGUCGACUGCACUGUAACUAAUGACCCUAUAUCAUCAAUACAAGCUGCUUGAAGCACCCAACUUUGUCAGUGAUCCUUCCCAAUUUGUGAUUAAUUACCCUCCAAUAUAAGCUGUGCUAUAUGUGGGCUUGUACUGUUAUGUCCUCUAUACAUAAUAAAAACCUAAAGCUAGAAAGUAAUGUCUUCAACUAUUGUGACUGUCUGGAUAUGGAGUUCCAAGGCUUUAAGGCAAUCUGCUAGAGCAUUGACAUAUUCUAUAACUGCUUUCCUCCAACAUUUUUGACAAGCUAAACUCCGAGCUUAUUGUUAUCUUUGUUGCAAUGGCUAUCUUCACAUAACUUUCAUCUGGUUUCUUGUCUUACUUCUUGUGCUGUUGAAAUUACAUUUAUUCACGGAGCCCAAGUAUUUUCAGAUUUUUCUCCAGCAUUCUCCCAAUGCCUUAUUUAUCCCUUCCAGACGAUUUAUUUUCUUAAGCACAAAACACUGCACUCUUUCUGCCCAUCCAGAAUUGCCGGAUAACAUAUGCUUGGUUUAUGUAGUAUCUCAGGCUGGCCACUUUCUAAUUGUCUCCUUUUGCUAGUUAUCAUUAGUUACAGUGUAAUAAAAUCUUGUGGCGAAAAAUCAUUACCCUCUGUGUCUCAUUAUUUUACUCCGUAUUAUUUUUAAUUAUAUAUUUGUUGUAGGAGUUAAUGGGCAGGGCAGUACAAUUGAGAUUCAGUGUAAAGAAAGACAAAGGAUCUGAAGACAAAGCAGAAGAAAUGCCGGACGAACGGCAACCUGGAGAUCAGUAGCUUCAGACUGUUGUCUUCUGAUUUUUUUCCUUGUGUAGAGGGGUUGAAAGUGACUGGCCUUUUAUCAUGCACAUAAACAAUGGUAGCUCUCUACUUAACUUCAUUUUUACAUUUUCUUAUAUGAUCCCGUGUAAGUACUUUAGACACAAAGUUUAUGGCUCAUUUACAGUGUGUAAAAUAGUUUUCCUAGAACUGUAUGUAUACUCCAUUUAUUAUUCUGUUUAGAAUUUUAGAGUUAACAAUUUUCCCUGUAUCCCAUCAAUUCAAUGAUCUUUAAUACUUCUGUGUCUACAUUGGUGGGUUUUUAAUGUUUAUUAUUCCACGGUAGUUGUAUCGUGUAAGAUAUAAGAGUUCAUAAUAUUUUUAGAAUUGAUACGUGCUUCCCGUCCUAAGAUAAGCGGUCAAGAUGUUGAUUAUUUUUCUGUUUAUUGAUUUACUGCAUUACAAAUAGCGAAUGUGGAAAAUAAAUUUUUCUUUCAGCAUGAAGAUUGUAGGACCGGAGACGGCCGACAAGUCUUAGAGGCUUAAGAGCACACUUGGGGAAAGGAUAUUUAAGAAACAGAGUGUAUGGACCAGAGAAAGAUAAAAAAUGUGCAAUGCCCCUCCAAAGGUUUUGUUGCAUGAAAUAUAGUAGUAGUAUAAUGCAAAGAUCAUGAAGAGAGGACAGACAAAAUUAAUGUACUCGAUGCCCUGCUUUAUCUUCCAAUUGAAAAACGCCCGGACAAUGCUCAUUUCAUGAUAUAAUUCACUUGUGUGUGUGUGUGUGUGUGUCUCUUUCUUGAUUGUUGAAUUGAUAAACUGCACUUGCAUCUUUCUUUGCCAUCAUGGAGUUUGCUUUGUAGUUUUUAGUGGAGGGCAUUAUUUUGUUCUGCCCAGGCGUGAGGGGCUUAUAACUUGUAGCGCCGCGCACACAAAUUAGAAUUCUUUUUUUUUUUUU